CUUGAUAAGAAGACCUCAUUUCGGGUGUCCUGGUGACGUAGGAUUUUGAACAUGAAGAGUCCUAUUUGAUCCUUCAUUUAAGCCAGAAAGGUUUUGGGGGCGAGAGGGUGGGGUAGCCUGGAGGGAAAAAGGAAGAGGAAAGAUUUGAUUUUGUUAUGCUGUUUUGUGUCUAAGGAGGCGGUGUGAUAUUGCAGAAAAAAAAAGGAAUAUCCGACUUCAAAAAGAAAAAGCACAGAGAUGUCUGACCCGCGUACUUGGCUGACUGAACUUUGGGAGGACAGAGCAGACAGGGAUGGCUACGGGUAUGAUGACAGCGGCUACGGCGGCGGCGGAGGCUACGGCAAAACGGCCAUCGACGCCUUCUCUCUGCUCGCCCUCGCCUCCUUCCUCUGCGUCCUCACUUACCUCAUCUGGUGGUGUAUUCAGGACCCGACGAGGUGCACGUGCAAGAGGAGGAGGGAUUUUGGCGAGGGCGUCGAUGCGGUGAUGGAGGUUGUGCUGGCGUUGUUGGAGAGAGGGCCCAAGAAGAGAAAAUCCAUAGAGAGUAUCCUUGCCAUAACCACCCUUGGCCGACCUCCGUUUUCUUUGAUGCGAGAGGGAACUGAGCGAUUUGAAAAACUUUACGGGUUCCGAACGUGGUUUGAGAUUGAUCAAAUUGAUAAGAAGUUCUCCGCCGUCGAUGAAACUAUUUGUUGCCUCGAUCAGCGUUGCAUCAGACACUCUCUCUCGGAAUAUCUUCGUCAACCACUUGCCUCCGACGAGUGGUCAUCGCCUUGA